GUAUGUGUGAUGCAUACAGAGCCAGGGAGCUGGGCUUGUGUUUGCUCCUCUUUUGUAGAGAUAUCUCAGCGUGCAGGAUAAACUUGUGGGAAAUUAUUGGACUGCAACGUAAAAUAAGAGUUACAAUGGAUACUGAUGAUGUAUUGUCCAUCAAACUUUAGGAAGGACUGACUGAUGGCUGUAUGAUUUGGACAGCAGUUUGCAAUGGAAAGGUGGCCUGCGGUGGCCUGGAUCCUGUUGAUAAGCCUGAUCACCUACUGGUUUGAAACUGUGCAUUCAAGAGAUUUCACGGUGCAAGAUAUAAUCUACCUUUAUCCUUCAACGACUCCUUACCCUGGAGGAUUUAAAUGUUUCACCUGUGAAAGAGCAACAGACAAUUAUGAAUGCAAUCGCUGGGCGCCAGAUGUUUACUGCCCAAGAGAGACAAGAUACUGCUAUUCUCAACACAUCAUGGAUUCAAGUGGAGAAAGUGCAUCGGUCAUUAAACGCUGUGCUGCGCUAGAAGACUGCUUAUCUACUGGGUGCAGAGAGUCUUCUCGUAAUGGACAAAAGGUUUGCACUUCUUGUUGUGAAGGAAAUAUCUGUAAUAUGGCUUUGCCAAGAAAUGAAACGGACGCAAUCUUUGCAACAACAUCUCCUCUUAACCAUUCAGAAGGACCCUCUGUUCACAUUGCAACACUUUUAUCAUGCUUAUUCCUACCUUGGCUUUUAAGGACGUAGAAGAGGAAAAACGCACAAAACAAACAAACAAAAUAACUUCAAUAUCCAAGUAAUGUGAGCUGUAUACGUUUUUGUAUACUUCACUCCUGUGCACAACCGAUUCACUGGAAAGAAUCACUGUCCAUUUUAUUACCUAGUGGAAGCUCUUUUGAACAAAAGAUUAGUAACUGUAGAUUUCAUUUUGUGAUAUAAGCUCUUAUUUUAUUUAAUUCAAGGACUUUUUAAUGUGUAAAACAAUUAUGAACUGAGUUAAAAGGACACAAAAGAUUUGAGAACCUGCCUAUUUAAAUCCUGCGUGUUAUUUUCUGAUGAUCAAAUCUUGGUAAUCCAUUUGAAAAAGUACCUUUUUAGGUUCUGCAUAUUGACUCAUCAGUAGGUGCGCUAACUGUGAACAAAUACAUAAAUGUAUUUUACUAUUGGAUAAGCUCUAAGAAUAAUUUCCAAAUUUUCCAGAAUACAUUUUUCCUUUGGUUAGCCUCUUAAAGAACAAAAGCAGACAGUAUUACCACAUACCAUGUCGUCAAGAAGUGUUAAAGGGAUAGGAAAGUAAAAAUUAAACUUGCAUUAUUAAGAUAGAGCAUGUCAUUUUAAGACACUUUUAAAUUCACUUCUAUGUUCAAAUGUGCUUAGUUCUCUUGGUUUCCCUUAUUGAAAAAGAACUAGCGGGAGCUAGCUGCUGAUUGGUGCCUGCACACAUUUGUCUCUUGUGAUUGGCUAACUAGAUGUGUUCAGCUAGCUGCCAGUAGUGCAAUGCAGUUCCUUCAGCAAAGGAUAACAAGAAAAUAAAGCAAAUUUAAUAAUAGAAGUAAAUUGGAAAGUAGUUUAAAAUGGUAUGUAAUAUACAAAUAUUUUUGGGGGUUUACUGUCCCUUUAAGUUGGUUAACACAACAGAAAUGGCCUAAAGCCGCACAAAAUAUAAAUACUCCAUUGUAAAUGUGCCAUAUAGCCUGUAUAGCUUACAGUGGAUCCAAAGCUUUGCUGUUAAGUGAAUUAUCAGAAUAAGAUCACCACAGCAUUUUUGCAUUAAAAAAAAAUCAAUGGUUUUGAAAUUACACCACCUUUUUGUUAUGAGGUUUCCAUUUUUUUCAUAAGAAAGUUUGGAGCGAUAUCAAUUUAUUUUUGGCUGAAAUACAGAAUAUUGUUGAAACUUGCCAAAAGCAGCGGCACCUUUUGUAGUUUUAUUUACUCUGUACAUUCAUUAAGUUAUUAAUUACAUGCUUGUUAAACCUUGGUAAAGCCUGCAUUACAUUUGAAAACGCUGCACUAGAAACUAAUUUACUAUCAAGUUGUAUUCAGAAAACUGUAUUUGUAAAAUUGUAAAAUAAUAUAUAUAUAUAUAUAUAAAGUAUUUAUUUUGUCUUUAAAAUGUAUGCAUCAUGCAAUAUGUAUGUUACUGCAAGACAUUAGUGUUUAAAAUGUGAUUUUUAAUAGUAUUUUUAAGCCUCCAAAUUGAAUAUGGAAAUACAAAACUAUAAUAUAUUUACUUCUAGCUAGGAUAUGUUGUUUAAAUCUUUAAGCAACCAAUAAGCAAACAUUCAUGCUUUCUUGUAUCUUUGAAAAGCUCAGCUAAUUUAAAGCUUAUGCAGAGCUCAUGAGAAAAAACUGGAAAAAAGCAAACUAACAGUCUGUUAAAGUUACAUGAAACAAACAAAAAAAAACAACAAUUUUUUUCUGUCAUGAUUCAGAUAGAGAAUACAAUUUUAAACAACUUUCUAAUUUACUUCUAUUAUCUAAUCUGUUUCAUUAUCUUGGCAUCAUUUGUUGAAGGAGCAGCAAUGCACUACUAGUUUCUAACUGAACACAUGGGUGAGCCAAUCACAUUCAAUAUAUAUAUGCAGCCACCAAUCAACAGCUAGAACCUAGUUUCUCUGCUGCUCAUGAACUUGCCUAGAUAAACCUUUCAGCAAAUGAUAACAAGAGAAGGAAGCAAAUUAAACAAUAGAUGUAAAUUGUAAAAUUGUUUAAAAUUGUAUUCUCUAUCUGAAUCAUGAAAGAAAAAUUUUGGGUUUCAUGUCCCUUUAAUGGUAUAAUUUUUACCAGCAGAAUAAAGCACAUCUAGUCCCUUUAGUAGGGCUGUGGCGAUAUCCUUAUAUAAGGCUAGAUUAUGAUUGGUGCGCUAACUGUUGUGUGUGCACGAUAAGGGGUUUAUCCCGGCCCUUUGUGUGCGUUGGAAGCAGCGUGCGUAUUACGAGUUGAAAGUAAACAUGCUCGCUUGAGCCCAAUUGAAUUUAACGCGUGUUGUGCAGUGCAACUUCAGAGCUCGGGUUAACUGUUACGUGAGACAAAAAGGUUGCACAAAAUGCAUAAAAAAUAAUUGAAAAGUACAGUUAUACUCAUAAUAACACUGUCUGAUAAAAAUGAUUUAAAAAAUAUUGCAUAAAAAAGUUAUAAGAGCUCAAAGAUAUGAGGUCUCAAGUUUUAGAAAAAAAAGGCAGGCAAAGGGCUUCAGCAUUUAGAUACACACACAUACACACAUACACACACACACACACAUAUACACACACAUAUGCACACAUACAUACAUACACAUACAUACACACACAUACAUACACAUACAUACACACACAUACACAUACACACACAUACAUAUACACACACACAUACAUACACACACACAUACACACACACACACACACACACAUACACACAUACAUACAUACAUACACACAUGCAUACAUAUACACAUACACACACAUACAUACACACACAUACACACACAUAUACACACACAUAUACACACACAUACAUACACAUAUACAUACACACAUACAUACACACACACAUAUACACACAUACAUAUACACACAUACAUACACACAUAUACACACAUACAUACACACACACACAUAUACACACAUAUACACACACACACAUACAUACACAUAUACACACACACAUAUACACACAAAGAAAAUAAACAAUGCAAUAGCACUACACUUAUAAUACUGGAAAUGUCUUGAAAUUUCUUUAUCACUUUAAAUAUAGUUAUUAUUUUCAGGCUAGAGUUCUGUGCAUAAACAAAAUAUAUUUGUACAAAAGCCAGUUUCUGACUGAAAGCAUGCGGAUAAAGUAGCACAUCUGUUUCCCUAUUAGUAUACACACACACGUGUUAUAUAUAUAUAUAUAUAUAUAUAUGUGUGUGUGUGUGUGUGUAUUUAAAAAUAAAUAGAACAUAUUCUUCUAUAUGAAGAACAUUGGAAUGUGAAACAUUCAUAUUCAUUUAUAUUUCAUGUUGGGUUUUGAUUAAAUGCGAGUGACUCCAAGUCGUGAGGCAAUACGUUAACGCAGUCGAGAUAUUCCAAGUUCGUCUUUUUGCGUACUUGUGUAUAAACCUUUUACUUUCAAAUUGUAAUAUGCGUGCUACAAGACGCGCACAAAAAGCUUACUUCUAGAGGAGUUCAUGCGUGAACAGGAACGCUAAUUUGCGCUCCACUCGUAAUCUAGCCGAUAAUAUGGUAAAAUAUGAUGGUGUCAGGAGUCUAUUAAAUAAGGAAUGUGAUUAUAUUUAAUAUAAAGUGGAAAUUCCAAUAUAAAUAAAACAUUCUUCAUUUACUCCAGCAGUUAUGUGUUUAACACUUGCUGAGGGAUUAAACACAGUCAACUCUUCAGAUUAGGAUACAGCUGGUAAUUGGAGCAUAUGUAUGUAUGGCACUUUAGAUUAGCUAUAUCCUUAUCUAGAGCAGCAAUAUACGGUUUUGUUUUGUAAUUCUGAAUAGAUGUUUAACCUUUAUUACAAAAAAAGAGCAAAUUAUUUACACUAAUGAAUCUCAAUUAAAGGGACAUGAAACCCAACAUUUUUCAUGAUUUAGAUACAGCAUACAAUUCAAAAGAUUUGACUAAUUUACGUCUAUUAUUAAUUUUGCUUUAUUCUCUUGGCAUCCUUUCUUGAAGGAGCAGCAAUGCACUACUAGGAACUAGCUGAAGAUAUCAGUAAGCCAAUCACAAGAGGCAUAUAUGUGCAGACACCAAUCGGCAUCUAGCUCCCAGCUCCUGAGUAUGUCUAGAUAUGCUUUUCAACAAAGGAUAGCAAGAGAAUGAAGCAAAUUAGAUAAAAGAAAUACAUUGGAAAGUUGUUUAAAAAUGUGUGCUUUAUCUAAUCUAAAUCAUGAAAUAACAUUUUUGGGUUUCAUGUCCCUUUAAUGCUUAUUGUAGUUAUUUAAAACAAACCUUGUCAUGGAUAUACUGAUACUGUUUUUCAUGCUUUUACAUAUAGCAGUAAUUCUAAAAAUAAUGUAACUUUUCAAUUUAUUCAUUGUAAAAGACGUUAAACCUUUAAAAAAUUAAUUUUCAUUUUCUUUAGCAUUGGUAGAUUGUUUCACAACCAGCUAUCUGUAAUGCAUACAAGGCCUCGAUUUAUAUCCUCAAAACAUGGCUUUACUAUUCUUAGAUUCUAUUCCGCUUAUAUAUUAUAAAAUAGGCUGUAUUUCUCUAAUGCAAGGAUACAGAUGUGUAUAUAUAUAAAUAACUGUAAUACAGUUGCAUUAUUUACGUCAUAUAAAACAUAUUCAUUUGUUUGAAACUCUGUAUAUAAUGUAAAUAUGCUUUUAAAUAUUGGAACUUAUUUGUAAAAUAGUUUAUACAAGUUUGAUAUAUAUAUUAAAGUUACCCAAUUUCUAAGUA